CUUACUGCAACAUGUGUGCCAGAUAGGCUCGGAUUACUCCACAUGUUUCCAAGUAUUGUUCCCUUCCGGGAAAUCUAUUGUAUGCUGCUCAUGAUCUAAAUGAUGUUGAAUAGAAAACGGUAAUUUCCAGAGCAGUUGGCCACCUCCCUGAGCCCCUCCCCUUUAGGGCCAUGUGAUGUAGGGGCGGUUUUUGAGUGUGAGACCACAUGCACUUGUGUUUAUAAAUACAUUUGUCCUGCCUUCGUUUUACAUAAAGCCAGAUGAACAAUUGUAAGGUGAACCUGUCUUCUUCAGCCUUGGACUUCUUCAUCCAGAUGGUGGAACACAGCCAGGACACUGUUGCUGAGUCAGGGAGGUCGCACAAAUGCGGUUUCUUUUGCCUUGGUCCUCUCACCUUCCACAAGCAAGCCGUGGGAGACAUGGUCCACCUGAGUCAGGAAUGCCGACAUGCAAAAAGGUCCAACAACACCUUCAGGAACGGCCUGGUGUUCAGCAGCCGCCCAGUGAAAGUCCAGGAGCGGAUUCGCCUGCGGGUUGAGGAAGACGCUGCUAACUGGCACGGAGCCUUGCGGCUGGGCUUCACCAACGUGCCGCCAGAAGACAGAUGUCGGCCCCUGCCCUGCAUGGCUCUGCCUGACCUCACUGACACCCCUGGGCACUGGGCUGCCCCCGUGCAUGAGGCCUACUGCCAAGCGGGUUCAGAACUGGAGUUCUGGGUGUCUCAUUCUGGCAGUGUGUAUUUUUCAGACCACAGGGGCUGCCGGCAUGAGUUAUUAAGAGGAGUCGACCACAGCCGGCCUCUGUGGGCCAUGAUUGACAUCUAUGGACAGACGUGCGCCAUUGUCCUCCUGGGUUCAGAGAAAAGGGCACUAUUCCACACCAAGAGGUCCUGUAAGAGUCUCACCUGGGCCGCUUCUGACACAGACUCCUUGAUUUCUGACGACUCCAUCUCCUGUCUCAACAUGGAGGUGACCGCCGAUUGGGGAGAACAGAUGACCUGUGUGGCGUGUAUGAGCCAGGAGGUCAACGUCUCUCUGCGUUGUGGCCACCGCUGUUUGUGUCGCACUUGCGCUGCCAUGAUCUUUAGACAGUCUGGCACGUGUCCCCUGUGCAGGCAGAGCAUGAGGCGGCCAUCGGUGGCUUGGUCGCCCAGGUGAAAGAAGCCAGUGGUUCACCAGAGCAGAGCUGCUGAGAAACAGUGACAUGUAGAUAAGCUAAUUGCACUUUUUUUUUUUAAACCCUCCUAUCAUCCUUGGGGUCAAUUUGACCCCUUUCAAUGUUUGUCAUUCGAAGAAAUAGUACUUGAAUUUUUAUUUUCUGCUUCAUAUUUCAUGACUUUUUCCAAUUUGAUAGCUACAAUUGAUUGAGAAUGACAUUAUCAUGAUGAUAUUAUCUCAAUGUUUUGAACACAUAUUACACACAUUGGUGUUCCGCAGUUUGACCCCAAGCUGUUCUAGCUGUGAAAAACCUGCCUGUCUUUGUGUGAGCCAUGUGUGGCCUAACAUCCACACACCUACAAGCGCAGAGUUGGUACUUUCGAGUUGAUAACAAACAACCAAAAAAACAUAUGACACUGAAAUAACCCAAAUAACAAAAGAGGAGGGUGAGUGAGACUUCAUAGUGACUAACUAAAAAUAUAUGACACAAAAAGGACAUCAAUAAGUAAAUAAAUGUGUUUAUGACAGGAAUGGGAGGGUCACCAACCUCAAUCAAAAUGGUUCAUUUUGGGAAAGUCAUGAAUGUGCACCCCAAAUGUUGUCAGUUAAUUUGACAAGAUUCGGAUGAAAAAAAUUUGGCCUGAUGGUGGUGCUUCAUCUUCAAGCGAUUAUUUAGUACUCAACAAAUCAACAAAGUGCCUGAGACAAAAACUUGGUAAACAUUUUUCUGUACAUUUUUUUCUGGAGGAAAAGAUCCAUGGGUAAAAUGUGUGAUUAAUAUUUGAGGAGAAUAUGAGGGUUGAAAUCAUGUUUGAACGAUGUGGAUUGUUUUUGGAUUGCAUGUUAUUUUAGCUGAUCUGUUUUUUAAAAUUAAGAAAGCAGAUCUUCAUUUGCACUGUUAAUCUUUUUAGAUAUGUAAUUGUGUUUUUAUAAAUAAAUGAUGUAAUGUACUGUAUGUGUUAUGUUUGUAAAGACACACAA